GAAACGGUCCCACUAAAGCCAUCAGCUGAGUCCACUUAUCGCGGCAAUUUUGUUUCCAAUUUAUCCAAAACUUUUUCAUCAUAUUGACCAUUCCAAACAAUUAACUACUACUAUAAAAAAUAUGUCGGGCAAGGCCUUAAAUAUUGGUGAUACAUUUCCCAACUUCCAGGCAAAUACAAGCGAGGGAAAGGUUGAUUUCUACGAUUGGAUGGGCGAUAGCUGGGCUAUCCUGUUCUCCCAUCCGGCGGAUUAUACGCCCGUGUGCACCACGGAAUUGGGCCGAGUGGCGGCCCUGAUUCCCGAGUUCCGUAAGCGCGGAGUUAAGCCCAUUGCCCUGUCCUGUGACACCGUUGAAUCGCACAAGGGCUGGAUCGAGGACAUCAAGAGCUUUGCCAAACUGGACAGCUUUGACUAUCCCAUCAUAGCCGAUGACAAACGGGAACUGGCCCUUAAGCUGAAUAUGCUGGACAAGGAUGAGCUGAAUGCAGAGGGAAUUCCUCUCACUUGUAGAGCUGUUUUCAUUGUGGACGAAAAGAAGAAGCUGCGCUUAUCCAUACUUUAUCCAGCCACCACGGGACGCAAUUUCGAUGAAAUCCUUCGGGUCAUCGAUUCCCUUCAGUUGACCCAAACCAAGAGCGUGGCUACGCCGGCAGAUUGGAAGCAAGGUGGCAACUGCAUGGUGUUGCCCACGGUUAAGGCCGAGGAAGUUCCACAACUCUUUCCCAGCGGCAUUGAGACCGUUGAAGUGCCCUCUGGAAAGCAUUAUCUACGAAUAACACCACAACCCUAAGGUUUUGUCUUUGUUUUUUUAUUACAAAAUUAUAAUACAACAAAAAUAAAGCACAAUAAAGUUUAA